UUGGAAUUUGGCGCCGGCCGUGCUUGCUCGAGAUCCCAAGAUGAGGACAGCGACGGUCUCCCGCAAGACGAACGAGACGGACAUCAAGGUCACACUGACGCUCCACGAUGACCGUACGGCAGUCCAAACGAUCCUCGUCCAAACAGGCAUUGGCUUCCUCGACCACAUGCUGCACGCACUAGCAAAGCACGGCGGAAUGUCGUUGCAGCUAGCCUGCCAGGGCGACCUGCAUAUCGACGAUCAUCACACUGCAGAGGAUUGCGCGCUUGCUCUCGGCGAGGCUUGGCGUCAAGCACUCGGACCUGUAAAAGGCAUCAAGCGGUUCGGCAGCGCAUACGCUCCUCUAGACGAAGCAUUAAGCAGAGCUGUCGUCGAUAUCUCCUCACGCCCCUAUUGCGUCACCGGGUUGCAACUUGUGCGGGAAAAGAUUGGGGAUCUCUCGACAGAGAUGAUACCGCACGUCUUUCACUCGUUUGCGAUGACGGCCGGCAUCACAUUGCACGUGCACGUUUUGCAUGGCUCAAACGAUCAUCACAAAGCAGAGAGCGCAUUCAAAGCGACCGCGCUCGCGCUGCGGCAAGCGGUAGAAUUGACAGGCGCAGACGACGUUCCGAGUACAAAGGGCGUCUUAUGAGCCUCGCGAGCGACAGUGCCAUAUCUCCAGAUGCGAGUAUGCAGUUACAGUACAGAUCCUGCAGAGGCAGCCUUGUUGUUCUUGUGCAAGAGCAUUUUGAAUGCCUCGUAAGAAAACCAGCAGAGCGCAUUGCUCGGUAGUGCCGACAUGACUCUCGGUGUCAUGCCUCUACUGAAGCCGGCGACGCCGUCCCUGGCGAGGACGAUGCGACCGGCUUGUAACAUCCCAUUGACAUUUCUAAGUACUGCGUCCUGGGAGCUUCCCCUUGUUUGUAGCAUUGUCUUGCAGACAUCUAGCGGUGUCGUGACGGCCGCUGCCACA